AUGGUUCACUGUGCGGGCUGCAAAAGGCCAAUCUUGGACCGGUUCUUGUUGAAUGUACUGGACAGGGCUUGGCAUGUGAAGUGUGUUCAGUGCUGUGAAUGUAAAUGCAAUUUGACAGAGAAAUGCUUUUCGCGAGAAGGCAAGCUUUACUGCAAAAACGACUUCUUUCGGUGUUUCGGGACCAAGUGUGCGGGCUGUGCCCAGGGCAUCUCCCCCAGCGACCUGGUCCGCAGGGCGCGGAGCAAAGUGUUCCACUUGAACUGUUUUACGUGUAUGAUGUGCAACAAGCAGCUCUCCACCGGCGAGGAGCUCUAUAUCAUAGACGAAAACAAGUUCGUCUGCAAAGAAGAUUACCUAAAUAACAGCAAUACUGCCAAAGAAAACAGCCUGCAUUCAGCUACCACCGGCAGUGACCCCAGCCUGUCCCCCGACUCCCAAGACCCCUCCCAGGACGACGCCAAGGACUCGGAAAGCGCCAACGUGUCCGACAAGGAGACGGGCAGCAACGAGAACGACGACCAGAACCUGGGGGCCAAGCGGCGGGGGCCCCGCACCACCAUCAAAGCCAAACAGCUAGAGACUCUGAAGGCCGCCUUCGCGGCCACCCCCAAACCCACGCGGCACAUCAGGGAGCAGCUGGCGCAGGAGACCGGCCUCAACAUGCGCGUCAUCCAGGUGUGGUUCCAGAACCGCCGCUCUAAGGAGCGCCGCAUGAAGCAGCUGAGCGCGCUGGGCGCCCGCCGGCACGCCUUCUUCCGCAGCCCGCGCAGGAUGCGGCCGCUGGUGGACCGCCUGGAGCCCGGCGAGCUGCUCCCCAACGGGCCCUUCUCCUUCUACGGAGAUUACCAGAGCGAGUACUACGGCCCCGGGGGCAACUACGAGUUCUUCCCGCAAGGCCCGCCCUCCUCGCAGGCGCAGACGCCGGUGGAGCUGCCGUUCGGGGCGGCGGGCGGACCGCCGGGCACGCCGCUGGGUGCGUUGGAGCAUCCGCUGCCCGGGCACCACCCGCCCGGAGAGGCGCAGCGCUUCCCCGACAUGCUGGCGCACCCCGCCGGGGACUCGCCCAGCCCCGAGCCCACCCUGCCCGGCUCCCUGCACUCCAUGUCCGCGGAAGUGUUCGGCCCCAGUCCUCCGUUCUCCUCGAUAUCCGUCAACGGCGGUGCUAACUACGGCAAUCACUUGUCACACCCACCAGAAAUGAACGAAGCGGCCGUGUGGUAGCUUUAAGCGAACUGGGUCUAAGUAAGUGAUGAUCAUCUAGUCUGCUUGUUGUUACGGUGUACAGAAAUGAGUAAAUGUAACAUCUCUCCCGCCCUAAGACAAUGGCACCUUGGGAACGAACUGCGCCCGGCGGCUCCGCGCUGCUGCAGAGCGGGACGAUCCCGGUGUGCGUUUGUCACAGCCACGGGGACCUGCGUGUGCCAUGACAAAGGAACUGGUGAAGCUGUAC